GCAUUAAUUCUUCUCGCACACAUAAUCAUAACCAUACCUACACCUACCUUCCUCAUUUCCUCCUAUGUACCUUCUAUAAUACCUAUCUUACCCCCCCAUUACUUUAAUCCCCGUCCGUCGGAAACCGCGAUGCCGCGUGCCUCGACUCGCGCCUCCCUGCCCCGGGGCCAGGCCGCCAUCAACGCCUUCACACGAGCCACCAAGCCGGGAAUCGUCGCCCCGAAGACCCUCUCCGACGGCAGCAGCGAUGGCAAACAAUCAUCUGCCGCGACGCUGCCGGUCUCGCCUUCCAAGAAGCGGAAACUCAACGAGCUGGAAAACGUGGACUGCGGCAGAGCCCCGGCGGCAAGCACGGCAGAGGAAUCGGACCCAACCUCAGCGACCACCAGCCCCGGAAAGGGGUCCUCUCUGACCCGCUCGAAAUCCAUCCGUCUGAGCGAGGCGUCGACGCCGCGAAGCGGUCACUAUGCGUCUGCACCGUCCACGACCCCCGUGCGUGCUGCGCGAGCCGCCGCGGAAAAUUCUGCAUCCGGGUCCCCUGCGAAACGUGCCUCCGUACGCAGAAACAACACAGUCAAGCUUCCCGAGCCGGUGCUGGAGGUUCGGCCGCCGUGUGUCUCGGAGUUGUUGCAUCUGCAUGCGGCCUUCGUCAAGGCGUUGACUAUGCAUGCGGCUCAUUGUGGCCCCGGCGCUCCCGCGGACUUGCGAGAAUUUCUGCACAGCGUGGAGCGGCUGUGGAAGAAGCGGAAGGUGGUGGUGGGGGAUUUGCAGCGCUUGGUGUGGAUUUGGGAACAGCAGCAGCAGCAACAACAGCAGAAGGAGCAGCAGACGGCGACACUGUCGGUGCCACGGUUUCGGUUGGCGAAUUACGGACUCGGCAAGGUGUGUUUGGAGAGGGUGUCGAAGGGCGAAGGGCGCGUGGACCUCAUCAAUGAGAAUGAGCUGCAGGUGCAAUUCGAGCAGGCUGUGGAGUCUCUAUGGGAGAAUGCCCUGGAUGCGGCCGGAGGAGAUGAGUCCCGGGUUGAUUUCAUGGCGACGUUGGGGCUUUCGACGAUUCACGAGUCGCUGACGCCGUUUACGACGUUCCGCAAGGGUCAGCAGCGGUUGCAGGACUUGAGGGGCGGCGUCAUUAAGCUGAAGACGGAGAAAAUGCGCACGAUGGAGUCGCAGGAGACACAGGGCCCCGUGAAGACGCAACAGGCCACGACUUCGCGCCGCAUGGGGCUGCUGGAUCGCAUCAAGGAGAAAGCGCUGCGGCAGUCGAAGCUGCCACCGCCGCCGUCGAAGGAGAUGAUCAUGCGCGGCGCAGCGGCGCAGAGGACCGAAGAGGUGGCCGGCGUGCUGUCCCUGCUGAGACCGGCGGGCUACGUGGGCAGUGGUCUGAAGGCGGUCGGGGCGGCGCAGAGGAAGCCGUUCCAGAUGGCGAUGAUCGUGCAGAAUGUGCAGGACUCCGUGCGGAAUCCCAUCUCUGAAAAGGAGGUGGAGGUGUGCCUGGAAAUCUUGUCGCGGCCCGACAUUGCUGGUCAAUGGGUCAACAUCGUCACUGUGAAUCAUAUCAAGUCGGUGGUCUUGAAGUCAUGCUCCGACGUCAACCCCAAGGAGAUCGGGGCCAAAGUGUCUCAACUGAAGAUCGGACCGGAAGAAACGGUCCCUGUCACCAUCAAAGCUUGAAUUGUUCUUGGAUUUUUGUUUUGGAUGUCAUCCGUGGAGUUGCUAUACUUCCGGCCUUUAGCAUUGCAUUUGUUCGGCGUUAUCAUGUACCACCACCAUUAGCGCAUAUCUGCUAGCGAACUGUACGAGCAUAGAUAGAUCAUUGAC